GCGAUUGCUGGAGGGCGAGCGAGCGAGGCUGGCGGUGGCUGACAUUCGCGGCCCCUGAGCGGAGGAGGAAGAGGAGGCCGACCAUGAGGCACGAAGCCCCGGUGCAGAUGGCAUCUACACAAGACCCAAGGUAUGGCCAGAAGGAAACAUCAGAUCAGAACUUCGAUUACAUGUUCAAACUGCUCAUCAUCGGAAACAGCAGUGUUGGGAAAACCUCAUUUUUGUUCCGAUACGCUGACGAUUCUUUUACAUCAGCUUUCGUAAGCACUGUUGGGAUCGAUUUCAAAGUAAAAACUGUUUUCAAAAACGAGAAAAGAAUUAAGCUACAGAUAUGGGACACAGCUGGUCAAGAAAGAUAUAGGACGAUUACUACAGCCUACUAUCGGGGCGCAAUGGGUUUCAUUUUAAUGUACGACAUCACCAAUGAAGAAUCUUUCAAUGCUGUGCAAGACUGGUCAACCCAAAUAAAAACAUACUCUUGGGAUAAUGCCCAGGUUAUUUUGGUCGGCAACAAAUGUGACAUGGAAGAAGAACGGGUAAUCUCCACUGACAGAGGGAAACAUUUAGCAGAACAACUUGGUUUUGAAUUCUUUGAAACAAGUGCCAAGGACAACAUCAAUGUGAAGCAGACGUUUGAGCGACUUGUGGAUAUCAUCUGCGACAAAAUGUCAGAAAGUCUGGAGACAGAUCCUGCCAUUGCUGUUGGUAAACAGAACACAAGACUAAAAGAUACCCCUCCUCCACAGCAACCUAACUGUGGCUGUUAAUAGAAUCAUUGUCGACAGAGGCAGCUCCAGUGUGUUCUUUUGCCAAUAGAGUAUUUACAUAGGGUCUAUAUGCCUUUAUUUAUAAUGUCUUACUGGUUCCUUUGGGGGAAAUAUGUCUUCUUUAACGUCCACUGCUGGUACAGUACGUGCAUAGAGUUAUUUUGUGGAACAGAUCACUAAAGCAGAAGGAAAGGACUCUCCAGUUAAUUCAGCAUUUGGCCUCUGCACGUAGGUGGCUGGUUUGUCUCUUCUCUUACAUUUCCUUUUUCUUCCACAUAUAUCCAUUAUCACUUCAGCUGGUGCUGCAUUCUCAGGCCCAAAUUUUGUUUGGGUUUUAUUUAAUUUUUCCCCCAUCUGUGCUCAGUUAAUGCUAUUUACUCUUCUUGGGUGUUUGUUGAUACAGCAGUCUAGAGGAAAAAUUCUCAUUAUUUGGCACUCCAAAUCAGGGCUAAUAUUUCAGGAAGCUAGCGAUGCAAGUUCAGGUGACUUGUCAACGAUUGUGCUCCCUAGAGAAUCUCCAUGGUGCAAGGUGACUGCAUCCCUAAACUACAGAAGGGGUUUUUAGAUUUUCCAGAUCACAAACCACCUCCCUUUCAAACAUCCAUCAUUGUGAAUGAUGUUUUAGGUUUGGAAUCAAGACAUAAAGUUGUCUAGCUUUCAACCCAUGAUGCCCUUGCAAAAUCUGACUAACUCAUUUUGUCCCAGGAUUUUGGGUCACCUUUACUGGAAUUUUGCUUAUUUUGAAGGGUUUUCAUUCAUUGUUUAGAUUGUGCUCAUGUAAAGAUAUACUUCGGUUUAGAACAAAGGAAAAAUUGUAGUUGUUCUAUUUUUGAUGUAUCAUUUGAUGUAUAAUACCCCAAAUCUGCACUUCUUAGGCAGCCAGAUAUCAGAUUUAUUCUUCUAUUUCCCAGGAUACCACUAUGCACCACAGAGAAUAUAACUGCUUGCACCGUAAAAAGCAAAGAAAAAUGAAAACUAUCACUACUACGCAUACGCUUAUUUUCUUCUGAACACAGAUGUGGGUGUCAGAAUUUUGUUACUGGAAUCAUUAGAGACUUGAUAGAAGGAAAUAUAUCCUUCUCUGAUCUUGACAAGUUAGAAGCCAGAUUUUAGUGAAAAAACAUUACAGAUAAAUAGAAAAAAAUACUAUAAAACCACAAGAACUGUAUAAAGGAAAAAAAUUAUACAAACAUGUUCUCAGUUUUAUAUGAUUGGGAGCUCUGGUCGUAAAAAUAAUAUUGCUCAUGCUCUCGCCAUUGGAAACUACAAGCAGUAAAUAUAGUGAUAAUACUUAUUUUUUAAAUUUACUUUCAAUCAAAAAUCACUUGCACCAUGAUUCUAAGCAUAUUCCCUGUGCUGGGCCCACCAAAGCUAAUUUGAUGCUCGAGGCAGGCAAUGAUAGCACCAUUCUCACCCAAGUCAGAGCACAAUACACAUAAAGCAGCUGUUAUUUUGACUGUGAAGCAGAAAAUCCCACAAGCACCUCUCCCACUUGGACAGCAAAAAUGAGUGAUAAAUUGGAUAACUAAGUUCUUACCUUUCCAGGACACCCAAAAUUUGUUCUCUGAGGCCCUUUGUCACUUCAUUUAAUGCUAAGGCUGAGCCUACUGCUAUGACCCACAGCUUCUUAUUGUACCCAUGGAGCUAUACCCCUACAAGGGUUCCCCCAUUCUUUUGUAUUAAUUAAGAAUGCUCUAGGAUAAUGAACAGUAGUGGUUUCCUUUGCAUGGUAGACAUUCCUUCUGUCCAAGUAAAAGGUGCACACUUUACAUGCAUGGAACUGUGUGGAUGCAAAGGAGUUUUGUAGCGCUUUGUCUCUGAGUUCCCUGAGGCUAGUUCACAUGUGUAGGUUCAAUAUUUCUUAACAAGGGCCUGUUACAGACAGCCAAAAUAAAGCUGCUUCGAGUCACUUUGGAGGUAUGGUAU